AACACCUCCAGGAACACGUUUGUUUUGUCAGCGAAUACCAGACGAUAACAACACACUACAUGACAGAAAAUAUAACAUGAAAACACCUCCACUAAGCUGCUAAUAAACUCAACAGGUACAUAUUAAACAUCCCUUUCGAUGCACGUAGCAGCCUUACUGGAUCUGAACUCGGGCUACUUGUUAAUUCGCAAACAAACUCAACAACAAGUAAUCUUCGCAAGGAAAUGCAGUUUUUGAUUGAGCACACCUGGGACAGCAGCCCUGUGACUCAUGACCCUGUCAGGCUCGUUUUCUCUCCUGGACAAGAGGGAAUGAAAAUUGAAGUGUUUGGUCCCUUCUUCAAUGACCCAGCAGGUCCGGCAUGUCCCCAGAGUCAACCCUUCCCUGGACUGUGGGAUUAUGAAGUUGUGGAGUCUUUCUUCCUUGAUAGUUCAACAGAAAACUACCUAGAAGUGGAACUUUGUCCUCAUGGGCAGCACCUGAUUCUAUUGCUGUCUGGAGUUCGCCAAGCAUUCAUGCAACAACUGCCCAUGGUGUUUAAAACCACAAUAACAGACAACAGGUGGAUGGGUGAGGCUCUUGUACCCUGGUCAUACUUUCCUCCCAAUGUCAAUAAGAUGAACUCUUACUCCAUCCAUGGCUCAGGUGAGAAGCGUACGUAUGAGGCUCUCUAUCCUAUCCCCAAAGAGGAGAUAGUGGACGGACAAAAACCAAACUUCCACCGUUUGGAGUAUUUCCAAAAUUUUCGCCUUCAAAGCAUCAUGGGAGAAGAUUGGGUCCAGCCAGAGACUGAUCUGUGGAAGGACAAGGCCUGAUCAAUACCUGAGCAUCUCAGUAGCAUGGCAAAAGUACAAUACACAGCACAGUGGUGCAGCUGUGGUACCACACAGAGAUGCACUGUGUCAAGAUGCUCUCUGUGAUGCUACUUUAGAAGGUCACCAGCAGUUGUUGGGGCAGGCCAGCUUUUUUCAACAUCCUCAGGAAGAACAAUGCUGCUGGAUAUUUUGCAAUCAUUCUAUUAACUACAGGAACUUCUUCUCAAAUUAUAUUUUCAGAUUGAUUUAAUGAAGAUGUGUAUUAAGUGUAUUAAUGUAAUUGAGACAUUUCUCUUUAAUUGUAUUAAAUUGUAUUUCAGUAUUUUGAUAA